UCUUAAUAUCCCCGACCGAGUAGAGAACAUACUGCGCUAAUGCGAAAGUAAGAUAUAUUUCAUCAUAAUCGAAUCAUAGCUGUAUGGUGCUGGAUUAUGCAAAACGUGCGCUGCGAGUGAUAAGAAGGGGAUGAUAACGCGGUAACUCGGUCAGGUGGUGGUAGUUAGUGUGUGCCGUACGCAUUAUAUAAUUACUAUGUUAACUGUAAACAUAUGGCCAUGGCCUCCAGGCGAUCCCGAAGCCCUUGCCGCCGAGUGAACAAUUACAAUAUUGAAAAACAAAGGCUAUCAAGUAGGAAGGAAAUGCGUCAGUGAAUGAAUAUGAAUACAUAAUAAUAUGCACAUAUCCGAACAUUAACCUUGGCAACACACAAUGUUUCCCAAGUGGCGGCUGAAUUGCGUCAAUGUAAACACAUACAUGUAUCAUAAUGAUAUUUUUGCAUUCCAGAUAAUCCCACAUCAUUGUUGCACCUAGGAACACACAAACAUAACAUACUACAUGAAUACCAGAUCGGUUCAAGACUCUCGUCAGAGGACAAUGAUGCUGUAAACAAAGGAAGAUCUACAAUUUCGGCAACUUUGAUUUUGAGUGAAAAGCGCAUAAUCGGCAUCAUUUUCGGACUGGCAACGCAUGCAACAAGCGCUGCCCGGCAAGCGCACGGUCUCCGACAGCUGUUCCAGAUACAGCUAACACAAUGUCGGACAGCACCGGCGUGACUCUGAUGGCCAAAGCCGAAGUCGCCGACACAAGCAGGCUCCAGAGAGGUGUGGAGGGUGGAAAGGCGGAUGGAUACAUACGCACCAUCGAGUGGAACAUGAUGAACAAGACCAAGUUCUUUCCAUUGUCCAUGUUGAGUUCAUUUUCGGUGCGAUGUUGCCUGUUCCCGCUGACUGUGAUCAAGACACAGCUUCAGGUGCAGCACAAAAGCGAUGUCUAUAAGGGCAUGAUCGAUUGUGCCAUGAAAAUCUAUCGUUCCGAAGGUGUGCCUGGUCUGUAUCGUGGCUUCUGGAUCUCUUCAGUUCAAAUCGUAUCUGGCGUCUUUUACAUCAGCACAUACGAAGGAGUGCGACAUUUACUAAACGAUCUUGGUGCUGGGCACCGUGUUAAAGCUUUAGUUGGCGGUGGUUGUGCGUCGCUGGUGGGUCAGACCAUCAUAGUUCCUUUUGACGUGAUAUCACAGCACGCCAUGGUACUCGGCAUGUCGGCCCAUGCAGGCUCGAAAGCUGAUAUGAAUCCCUUGGGUAUUAAAUCGUGGCCUGGACGCAGUCGGCUGCAUAUAUCAAUGGACAUUGGACGCGAGAUAUUGCGGCGGGAUGGACUACGCGGCUUCUACAGAGGUUACACUGCCAGCCUAAUGGCCUAUGUGCCCAACUCUGCAAUGUGGUGGGCGUUCUAUCACUUGUAUCAGGACGAACUGUAUCGCAUCUGCCCUUAUUGGGUCUCCCAACUGUUUAUACAAUGUGUGGCUGGCAGUUUGGGUGGCUUCACAACGACAAUUCUAACCAAUCCAUUGGACAUAGUGCGAGCACGUCUACAGGUUCACCGUCUGGACUCCAUGGGCGUUGCCUUCCGCGAAUUGUGGCACGAAGAGAAGCUAAACUGCUUCUUUAAGGGACUGUCCGCCCGCCUGGUGCAGUCGGCGGCUUUUUCAUUUAGCAUUAUACUAGGAUACGAGACCAUCAAACGCAUUGCCAUUGACGAGCAAUACAAGCAUCUAAUACGCUGGUAACGGAUCGCACAAUUCAAUAUCGAAAUGGCAUCAAAUGGAAUAUAAAAAAAAUGAAAUGAAUCCUAACUGCAUUUACGCAACGUACUAAGGAACCACCAGAGAUUUGCCGCUGAGCCAGACGGACUUCACCUUUGUAAAUAACAGACAGAGAUAAAUACAUAGAAAAAGCACAGGUUAAUUAGCUGAAUUCAAUAUGAUGAUGAUACUUUUUUGUUAGGAAAUUUUGAAUGUUUCUUAAAAAUAGAUUAUAAACAAAUUCAAUAUGUUCUGCAAUGUUUGACGUACGUAAUUAAUGCAAGGUGUUGUAGCUUAAAGUGAACCUUUUUUGUUAAUAGUGAUUUUAUACAUAAUAAUAACAUUACAACCAGAGGCAAAACCAACAGCAGAAAUAUUUAUAGCACACUGUAUGCUCUAUAGCAGUCUUGUACAUUAUAUAUUAUUAUUUUUAUUAUUAUAAGUAUGUAAUUGAUGAUGAUGUUGAUAAUAAUGUUACAAUAAUACUUUUAUAAAGCCAAAAAUGGACUUGCUUAUAGUUGUACUUAUCUUAUCGUGUCCUUUCUCUCAGCACAGGGCGCCUCUUAUUGGAUGUACUAUAUGUGUUCUUUCAAAGGAAUCUAGUUUUAGCAUGCAUUGUGUAAUAAAGUACAAACCAAGAAUUUAAACGAA